ACAGGCCGGGCCGAGUGCGUGUGUGCGCGUGCGCGAACUCCUGUUCCCGACGCUGAGGCUGUUCUGCGGCGGCGGCGGCGCCGGGUCCGGGUCCGUUGGGGAGAGCGUGGUGCCCGCCAGGUCAUGUCAGAGUGAACGAUGUCUCAGCGGGACACCUUACUGCACCUCUUCGCUGGAGGGUGUGGAGGAACAGUGGGGGCAAUUGUCACUUGCCCAUUGGAAGUGAUUAAGACUAGGCUCCAGUCUUCGGGCUUAACACUUCGAUCAGUCUACAUUCCACAGGUCAACCUGAAUACAAUCAAUGGACCGGGUGUUGUUCGGCCAGCACGUGUAGCACCAGGACUUUUCCAAGUUCUAAAAUCUAUUCUAGAAAAAGAGGGACCGAGGUCACUUUUCAGAGGACUGGGACCUAACUUGAUUGGUGUUAUUCCAUCCAGAGCGAUCUACUUUGCUGCUUACUCCAAAGCCAAGGAGAAGUGUAAUGGAAUGUUUGUACUGCACUCUAACCUUGUCAACAUGUGUUCCGCUGGCUUUGCAAGCUUUAUCACAAAUACAUUGAUGAAUCCUAUUUGGUUGGUCAAAACAAGGAUGCAGCUGGAAAGCAGGAAGCGAGGUGAAAAAGCAACAAAUGCUUUCCAAUGUGCAAGGCAUGUCUAUCAAACUGAAGGAUUCAAAGGUUUUUACAGAGGUUUAACUGCUUCGUAUGCUGGGAUCUCCGAGACUGUGAUUCAUUUUGUUAUUUAUGAAGCCUUGAAGAAACAUUUGGAGGAAUGGAGGCUCACUGUGAGGGAGAAUGAUAAGAAUGUUUCAGACUUCCUAGGAUUGAUGAUAGCUGCUGGAAUUUCAAAGACUUGUGCAUCUUGUACUGCUUACCCUCACGAAGUAAUAAGGACAAGGUUACGGGAGGAAGGCACGAAGUACAAGGCAUUUUUGCAGACUGCACGUCUAGUGGCAAUAGAGGAAGGUUAUAGUGCCUUCUACAGAGGACUGCAAGCUCAACUGAUUCGCCAGAUUCCAAACACUGCCAUAAUGAUGACCACAUACGAACUGAUUGUGCAUGUUUUGGGAUAGCGUUGAAAAUAAACGGACGCUCAGCAAAUGAAGGAUUCUGUUUUGUUGCAGUGCAAUGUCAUUAUAAUGACCCAGAAACUAGGGAAAAAUGUAGGAAGUCACUGACCAGAUUAGAUACUGUUCAUGCAAAGCACAAAGAUGAGAUUUUCUUCCUCGAUCCCAGCCAGGGUGUGGUUCAGGUGCCAUCUCUGGCAUUAACAUCCCUGGUUAACUACAUACAAUGUGACCAGGGCAGCUGCUGUGUAAUGACAUCUACACAAAAUGUACUUGUCUUUAUAGGUGCUGGCAUAUCUCCAAACUCUGUCUUCUGUGAUCUGUUAGCAUUCAGUUUGUGUUUGGAUGUUAAGAUUAGCCAUUUGGGCAAGCUACCAGAUGGUUACAAUUGACUGAUAUUAACACAGCAAGAUUCAUCACUGACAGAAAAUGAGCGGGAAACAUUGGCAGGACAAAGGUAUUAUUUUCUCUGAAAAUAAUCUGAGCAGUGAUAGCUUAAGCAUUGGCCUCUAGACAUCACUAUUUAUUUUAAAGAUUAACUAAAAUAAACUUGCAAAUUUAAUUUGUGUUACCUUUUCCCACUUGGAAAGCAUAGGAUAUUUUUUGACCUGGAAACUUCGGGAAACUCUUUGAAAGGAAUGUAUGUAUAUUUGUAAUGUAUGUGGUUUCUGUAGAUAUGUUCAGGUAGUAGAAUGUAUUUAUACUGAGUGCAGUAUGAAAUGCAUGCUACAUGCAGUAAUGAAAGAAAAUGACAGCAAAAUGUUAAUUUAUUCAGUUGUUUAAUGUGUCUCAACAAAAUGUGGAACCUGCAAAAUAGUGUUUUAUGUUAUUUUGAAGGGAAAUGUACACUUUAUCGGUUACCAAGCAAAUAGAGAUAAUAUUAACUUGCUAUUUGAUCCCUUUUAAUUAUCUUUGUUUACAACUGAGUCUCCGAAAAAAGCAAUUUAGUAGUUAUUGUCCAGAAUUCAGUCUUAACCGAACACCAAAAUUUGAUGCUUUUGUUUAUAUUUAAAAUUACUAGCUUCUGUAGUACUUUGUUGUUAAUUUAUUGAAACUUUGAUUUCACUAUUGUAUCAACAGAAGAUUAGAACCUGCAGUGGUGAUAGUUUGAAAAUUAUUCUACUAUUAAUUUCAUAUGUGUGCCUUAUAGAUUUCACCAAUGAUCAAACUAACAAUGGAGUGGAAUGAAAAUAUCUUUGGUCAAGAGUGUUGCAGGUCUUUAUUUGUAGUUGUUACAGACUCAUACCUACCACCAAUGCUUAAAACACUUCAUUUAGUAUCUAGAAUAAAGGAAAGAGGAGAGGAAGAGAAGCAUUCUAUUGCAAUGCUUAAAAAAAAAUAGUUUCAAUGGAUAUCAGUGUAUAGCGAAAGCCAGGGUAUCAAACAUUUGGUAUGACUUUAUUAGGUAAUAACCUUUUAAAGGACAUAAAUAAUCAGUGUAAGCGCGUGUUCAGCAUGUGUUGCUGUUAGUUUCUUUUCAAAAUGUUCUGAAUUGGUUGAAAAUUCCCAUCUGAAUAAAUAUUUUCACCAGUAA